CCCACUUUCAUGAGGCACCGUAAAUCAGACAGAAAUGAGCUCGGACGAUGAGUUUGGAUUCUCCGACUUUCCUAAACUCAGCGCCUCCCAGUUUGCCGCCAUCGACGCAACCGCUGAAGACUACUACUCGCAGCUCCGAGAUGCAGCGACCCAGCGAACGACGCCUGACCCGGCGAGCGCCCAGAAGCCGGGGCCCUCGAAGCCUACACUUGGCAAGCGCAAGAACACAGGCGUCGACGACAUGGACCUGCUUCCCGACAUAACGAUCAUCGAUGGAGGGUACGCACUCGGCGCCCCGGAGGUCAAACGACCCCGCCAUUCCCCUCAACAGGCCCAAGCUCGGAAGGCUGCCCUGGAUGAGGAAGCUCGCAGGAAGAGAGAGGCAGACAUAGAGGAGGCCCUGCGUCAGCGUGAUCGAAGACUACAUCAGAAACCUGCCCCGCGCCAGAAGACGCCUGCGCCCCCUCGACCCCUACCCCAGCGACAGCCCUCCAAACCAACUGUCUUUCGAGCACCCACCGUCCCUCCCUCCUCUCAGAAUGGAACCCGUUCGAGGGGAUCUUCGCCUAUGCUUGUACACCAUCCGCCUGCUCCUCCCCAGCCACCUCCUCAACCCCCAUCACGAGCAACCACGCCCGCCUCCAUUAGCGCCGAUGUUCAGGACGAACUCGAGAAGUUGCGUGCGGAGCUGGCAAUCGUCAAGCAGAAGAAUGCGCAGGCGGAGGCCAUACUUUUGGAGGAGAAGAGCAAGCGAUGGGGCAAGGACGGCGAGAUUGCGCAUCUGAAGGACACUCUGAGCAAGACCACGGCCAACUAUAUCGCGCAGACCAACAAGCUACGUGAGGCGAAAGAGGCAGCUGAGAAGCAGCAGACACAGUUGCAGCGCAGCAUGAAAGACGAGAUCGAGCGCAUCAAGACCCAGUUCCUGUUCAAGCAACAAGAACUGGAAUCUCGACGUCCGCCCAUGUCCGUCAAGGCCAAGAAGACGGCACGCUCAACGGACUUUGUUGCACCCGUCCCCAUGUCCUCGCAAAUGCGCGGCUGGAGUAACGCCGGUGCGGGCACAAGCAGACUCGAGGAAGACGUAUUCGGUGGCAGGUCCCUCACGUCCCAGCCACCAGCUUUCCCUUCGCAAUCCGUGCGCCGAUCACCGUCGAAGACCCGCUCGCCUGCAAAGCCAAAACCAGGCGCGCUCGGAUUCCAGAACUCAUUUGUCGCGUCCACGCCCUUGGCCAAGCGGAAAGGCAAGCAGAAGGAGAAUGCAGAGCAGGAGCAGCGGCAGGGAGGUGCAGGGAGUCAGUUGCAAGGUUUCCAGCCAGCCUCGCAGCAACCAAGGACGCAGGAGGACAGGGGUCAGCAGCCAGCAUGGGACUUGGGUCCGGCACAGGCGCCCUCCCAGCCGGGCUUCGACUGGACGGUGCAGAGUCCACCCGCAAUACCCUCGCCGCCGCAUAGUCCGACGCGAAUGCAAGUGGACGCGCUUCCGCCUGCACCCGCACCCGAUGGCGACGUCGAGAUGGCGGACGGGGAGGAGAUUGUGCCGGAGGAGUUCGAUGCCAUCGAGCCGAUAGACUGGAUGGGAGAGCUCACCUAUCUCCUCCUCACCCACCGACUGCCCUCAUCCACGCGUACGACCUUAGAGACGAUCAUGCGCGUGGACGUCGAGGACGACAUCUCCCUCCGAAUAUGCACGACCUGCAACCAGAUUCUCGAGAUCAUCGGCAUGCACACGAAGCCCGCGGAUUAUCUCUUCGUGGGCAAAGCUCUGGCCGUGCGACUGGUUUCCUUGCUUCAGAUCUUUCUCGAACUAUCCACCAUCGCUCCUCUCAUCAGUCUGCUCAAUCUCAUGACAUAUUUAAUCUACUCACUGCCCGACUUCUCCUCCUUCCUGCUCCUUCCCGGCACAGACAACACCGAGUCGCUCAUCCUGGAAUCCUUGGUCGUCAUCCUGACGCAGAAGCUGAAGGGCGUCUCCGACGAAGACAAGGUCCCCCUGGAGCGCGAGGUGUGCGAACUGCUGUCCGCUCUGGCCUGGAAUACUCCGGACGACCUGAUGCCUCGACAUCGCAUCCUCACCUCGAAUGACGAGAUCAUGCGCUACCUCAUCAAUCCCGAGGACUCUUUCGCCCAGUUGAUCCUCAAGACUCAAUAUCUCGUUCGAUUGUCGACGCACCGCACCCUUGCUUCCUCCUUGCUACCGCCCUACGAUCCGUCACUUCAUGUGGACGGGGAAGGAAAGCCCAUAUUGAAGGAAGGCCACGUCGACCGCCUCUGCAGGAUAAUGGUAAAUGAGAAGAGAUGCGACGAUCCGGACUUCGAGCUCAGGUCGCUCAUCCUGACGUUCUUGUCCAUGCUAUCCGUCGGGCAUGCAGAAGCGCUGCUCGCUCUGCAGAGCUCGGCGUUCAUCGUUCCGCUCUUGGUUGACUUCACCAUGCAGCUGGCCAAUCCGAUCUGGGAGGAUGACGAGGAGCUCAUGAGCGACCCGGCGAAGGCAAACAGCCUGAUACGCCUCGCCGACCAGACCGUCUAUCUCCUCUGGCACAUCGUCAAGGGCCGCGAGCAAGAACUCGACCUGCGACGCAAGCUCAUCCACACCUCGCAUGUGAUCGUCAACGGCCUCAUGCACGUCUUCGUCGUCGCUUUCGGGCGUCUGAGCUACGCAGAUCCGCCGGACUGGGUUGACAAGGAGGGGAAGGAUGAGCUGCAGCUCUUGCAGGGGUACACCGAGGAACUCCUCAACAUGGUCAUCGACGGGCCGGAGGGCGAAGCUGUUUGGGGAACAUAUCAGCCUGAUCCGGAGAACAGCGAGGAGGCAGAGGAGGACGAGAUGGAGGCGGAGAUGCUGGGGUAAUUUCUGUAUGUUCUGUGUACCAACCUUGCUUCAUUUUGGAUCCGUGUACAAUAUGUACUGCUAAUCUACCACGACGUUAUGACGCUGUCGGACGUCUUUGCGCAGAAGUCGAUCAACCACCGCUGUUUGGCGGGGUGAGUGCGAACGCCCUCCUCCUGGCGUAUCAUGUGCUGCUUGGCAAAUAGAUCGCAAGUUUCCGUCCUAAAGCGAGAGACCAGCCGCGAA